AUGCCGAAGUCAAAGAGAGCCAAGGUGUAUCACCUAACACAGGUCACCAAGAAGACCCGUGAGCAGAAGGAAAAGCUGUUUCAGAACAUACGGGAAUGCGUCCCCGAGUACCAGCAAUGCUUCGUUUUCAACAUCGACAACAUGAGGAAUAACUACCUCAAAGACGUGCGCCGAGAGCUCUCAGAUUGCCGACUCUUCUUUGGCAAGACCAAACUCAUGGCCCGCGCCCUGGGCCAAACCCCAGACGAUGCUCAAGCCGACGGGAUUGAUCGUUUGAACCCUUAUCUCUCCGGCUCCGUUGGUCUCCUCUUCACAAACCGUCCCACCGAUAAGAUCCUCGAAUACUUCAGCAACCUGACCGCAGUCGACUUCGCCCGAGCUGGUGCCAAGGCAAGCAGAGACUUCAUCAUUCCCUCAGGCGUUGUGUACGCCACCGGCGGCGAGGUCCCCCCCGAGCACGACGUGCCCCUCUCACACAGCAUCGAGCCGGAGCUACGGCGGUUAGGCAUGCCCACGAGGAUGAUCAAGGGACGAGUUGUGCUGGGCGACGAGAGCGGCGAGGGCGAGGGCUAUACUGUCUGCAAGGAGGGUCAGGUGCUGGACUCGAGGCAGACAAGGCUGCUCAAGCUCUUUGACAUGUGCAUGAGCGAGUUCAAGGUGAAGGUGCUAGCAUACUGGACUGCUUCGACCGGAGAGGUCACCGAGGUUGAGCCGGACGCCAUGGAAGGGGUUGAAGAGGAUGACGAGGACGAGGAGUAA